ACACGUUAUACCUGCCUUCAUUCAACACCUGCCACUUGGGCUGGCUGUUUUGUUUAAUUGCUGUCUGUCUUGACGUUUAUGGAAACACAAAUUUGCAAAGCAAACCUGCAGCAGUAGGUAUGAGUAAGCUGUGGCACCCUGGUUAGGAGACGUCUGAUGUGGGACGCUGCGUCUGGAUUUGCAGACUGCACAGACCCAGGUACAGUCCAUGUGACAGCAGCUAGCCGAGCAACUUGGACUAAAUAUGCAGGCCGGAGGGACAAACUGCCUGCCUUUCGUCUUACUCAGGAAACGGAGGAACAAGCUGGCCGUAAUCUGGUGACCAUGGCCAGCAGACGGCGGGACCCCCAGCGGAUUUGUUCUCUGCACCGCCUUGGCCCGGGUGUACCCAGGAGAGUCCGUUUUAGGGAGCUGUCCAGUGCUGAAUACCAAGGUAAAGCCAUUCCGGCACUUCCGGUGUGGAUGCGCCUGUAUUUCUACGGGAUGCAUGGAAUUACCGUGGAUGUCCUGGUCUCGUCAAUUCAACGUUUCCUGCACACCCCCGACCUGAAAAUGCUGGGAUUUUCCUCCCCUUACCUCUGCAUUAUUCACUCAGUGACCCAUCUGGCGUUAGAAAAAAUCUACCUACAAAAAAGGAAUUUUCAGCAGCGCAAUUUUGCUUUUAACUUUGUAUUUUAUCCUUCCGUGUACGUGGGGUUGCAGAUUUUUGUCGGAAAGGCAAUAGCCUGGUACGAACAAAUUAAAAGCAUUUCCUUAUUUUACUUAGUCCUUCAGUAUGCACUGGGCUUAUACUAUUCUCAAGUGUUCCUCAAGAAAUUUCUGACCCUACAAUACUACUGCUAUGGAAAAGGCAGCCAGACGGCACUGCUGCAGAGGUCUUCCCAAGGGCUCCCUGACUUUAUCCGGUUCAUGUUCUUCGGUAUGCAUGGCUUUUUAGAUGAGAUUUUUUUCACUUCAAUUUUUAACCUAGUUGAGAAAUCUGAUAGGACUUUAACUGGCCACACCUCUCUGUGGUCCUUCUUCAUGUAUGGCAGCUGCAGUUUUGUGGUGGAGAAACUGUAUUUCCAUCUGCAUUACAAAAAGCGGUGGAAUACCUGGAAACGGCUCCCCCUUUACAUCAUGUUCAUCUACACCUGGGAAUUCUCCUGGGGACUGGGGCUACGGCAGUACAAUGCCUGCUCUUGGGAUUACUCAGACUACCCCCUUAAUUUUAUGGGACUUAUCACACUCAUGUAUUUGCCAGGGUGGAUUCUGCUCAGUUGUUAUCAAGAUGCAUUAUACAAUGUACUGUUACGCAUUCACUGUGCCAAAGAGAAAAAGCAAAGGACAAUGGUAAAUGGUAAAAUGUAACAAAACAUGUAAACAUAUAACCUGCACACAUUCCUAAAUAACACCUUUGUAGAUAGUUUGAUAACUGGAAAUGUUUAUUGCGACUAUAUAUGGUAAAACAUUUUCACAGAGAAAUGUCACUAUUUUACUCUGAUUAACGAGGUGACACUUGUACAUACCAUUUCAAAUAGGCUGCAUUCAUGUAUUUAAAAUAAUAAUUUAAACAUAUGAACCUUUCCUUGUUUUAGAUCAGUCUGCAAAGUGCAAAACUCGUUUACAAAAAUAGCAAGCAGACUCAAAUGCCCUGUUAAUUUAAGUAUAGUAGAAGCAAACAGACUGAUGCUGAAGGUCAUUCAUUUACUUCUGAUCCUCUUGUCAUAUUAUUCUGGGUUUACUAAUGUAUACAUUAUCUAUAGCAUUCCCUAAAGAAACAGAAGCUGCCCAGUGGUAGAGUAGGGUUAUACAAUGUUAUGAUAUAAAACGAAUGAAUUAAAUAGAUGCAUCUUUUGUAGUAUGGGGUUAUGUAGACUGAAGCCAAUAAUAAGAGAUGGUGUGAAUAAGAAAAUAAAUGCUUUCUUAGCAGCACUGUCUGUAGACACAAUAGGAUCCAGGGAUUGCUAAUUGCAUUAUCUGUGAAGUGUAGCUGAAAUCUGUGCAGCAUAUGAUUUGGUGGUAGAAUGCAGUACUGCAGUCUUCAAACACUACAUUGUCUCAAAUGUAUGGUAUGUGCAUAAUCUGUGUUAAAGCUGUCCUGUACACCAGAAAGUUAAUUUAUAAUCCAGAUAUGCUAACUGCACAUUUUUUUUAAUUAGCUUUGAAUUGGUCACAGAAUGGCUGUGUAGAGAUAUGUAUUCCAGAGUGGAAGAAAACUGAACAAAACUAUUCAUGUCGAGUAACAAAAUGUGCUAUAUUUAGAAAGAAGGAAAGCAAAGACAUUUGGUUUUUGAAAUGAAUGUCGUGUAGGUAAAAUCCAUGAUGUGACAAUGUCAGAACUUCGCUACUACUGUUUCUGGAAUAUGAUGCGCGGAUGGACAGUGGGAUUUUUCAGGAAGAUAAAGAACAUUUUAUCUAAACGUGAAUGUGAUGGUUAUCUAUAGAGAUAUGUAGCUACAACAAAGUAAAACUACAACACGAACAAAUAUUUACAAGUAAAACAAUGGGUUGAAGGACCACAGAUAACAAUUAUACUGAAAAGGGUCUUUUUAUGUAGGAACAUUGUAGCAAUCUUCUUUAAUGAAUAACAUUUUAAUUGCAUAUAAUUGAAUAAAUGCUCUGUAUUUUUUAAAUUUUGCAGAGCAACGCAGUUUUUUUCUUUCAAAUAGCAUGUUUUACUGGUACACGUUUUCUUUUACUGAUGAUUGUUAUAGAUAUUCAUUUUCAUGACUGCAUAAUAUAUCAAUAUAUGAUUUGGACUAUUCAGGAUGAAAUGGUUUAUAGAAACAAUUUACAAUGCACUAAGCUCCAAAGUAUUUUUCAAUUCUGGUUCUGUUUUGACAAUUAAAAGUUAAGAUAUAUUUACACAUUCAUGUCCUUUCUUUGAUAAUCAUUUAAGAUAUUAUCUCAAAAAUAUCUGUUUCACUGAUGUCACCUGC